AAGAUGCUGAGAAAAGAAGAGACGACUCACUCACAGUUCUACACUUGCAGUUACAAGCCGGUCAAUAAUAGUGAGAGGAGAGUGAAAGAUUUUGAAUGUAUGAUUUUUUAAAUGUGUAAGAGUUUAUUAGUUUUCAAUUCAACUGAUAAUUCCGUUUCAAACUUGAAAUCUGUUUUAGUGAUCAAAAAGUAAAUUUUUUAUUGUGUCUUCGAUUGAAUAACAGUCAUUUGUAACAUUGCUAUUUUACAAGUUGACUAUUUUGGAGCGAAAAUUAACCCAUUUUUAACGUUUAACAUUGGGUUUUCUUUGGUAAGAAUUUGAAUCAAAUUUUAUUUUUCUGGUGUUUUUUUGCUGCUGUCCCACCAUUCGAGAUAGACUGAUCAAGAUGCUGCCUUUAGACUCUAAGGACAAGAAACAUUUACAGAUACAAUAUCAAGAGUAUUACACCUAUCAACCAAACAUUGACCUGAACAUUGUCAGAAAAGUUAAAAAAGACAAUCGUGAUAAAGAGAAGGAAAGGAUUGCUCGAUUAAAACGAGAAUACAAACAAGAUUUGUCCAGAUCUAAAAGAGCUAAAUAUUCGUCUGCAUCAUUGUCCGUCAAUCGAGUUUUCAGAGACUUGAAAAGUUUAGCGAAAAAACAUUUAAAUAAUGUCCAAGCUUCUUUUGACCAUAUUCUUCUUUAUAAAUUUGCAGGAAGCGCGUUUUUCAGUGGAUUUGAAAAACUGAAAUAAAAGGAUGGAUUUUGUUUACCAAUGCAUAUUUUUUUAAUUUUUAUUUACAUCUUCAUCAAAGCAAUCAUUCAAUAAGUAUUAUGGAUGGCAUGGACUUUUCAUUGGCUGGCCAAUAAAUGAAUUCUUCGGUAUUGAACCACACCAUUUAAACAUUAAAUGAAUUGAGUUUUACAAUCAUUAACAAUAUUAUCAAAAAUAAAUAUGUAUAUUAGCAAAAAA